AUGACGACCGAUCAACUAGAAAUCACUCUUGCCUCAGAGAAGAGACUUGCAGCCGAGAUUCCCCAGAUGGACACGACGGGCAAAACAAACCUCUCCCAGACCCCCGAAAGCGGCAUCGUGUAUUGCAAAUCGCACAAUAUGUUCCCAAAUCGAUCGCCAGACUGCAGUUCGGCGGGGCACCCGAAGAUAAAGCCGGAGUCACCGGAUGAAUGGCUUAGGGUUAUAGAGGUCGUGGAAGGCCCGAACAGGAGCUCCUGGAAAAUAGUAUUUUUUGACAACAAACUGAGAGACUGCAUCAGAAAGGUGAUCGCCAACUACAAUGUCCACACCGGCAAUAAUAUCUGGCAAGGGCCACAAGUGACGCUGAGGUCGCCGUUGAAGGCGCUCAUCUUCAACUAUGCCGAGCUGGAGAUCCAAGCACAGUCGACCUCACUCGAUCCGACCACGCGUGGACGUCUUCAAAGUCUACUACAAGUGGUAGAUAAAGUCCACGAUCCCCUGCGGUGGAGAAUUCCAGAGUCGGUGGAUGACUUGCGGAACUUUCGCAUCCAGUAUGCCCUCCUGUGGACGCUGUUUAAGCCUGGCAGCCUAGUCGUCGGGGCGUGGAAUUCAGCGCAUGAUAUGCAGGUCUUCCAGGUGCACGAUGCAUGGUACAACUCGAAGAAAACGACCUUGCAUCCGGUUGAUAACGUCCACCUCGUGAUGAACGAGCUCGUGAUCGCCGCCUGGAUGUGGGAUUGGGAUGGGAAGGAGAUCGUUCGCACAAUGUUUGAGUUUAGGAUCCCCGAGUACGCGGGCGAUAAGCCCCCAGCGGAGCUUAGGUGCUAUCCAGUCGCAUUCUAUGAGGACGGGAAGGGACAAAGGGACCUGGACGCAAUUUGGGGGAUGUCAGUGUAUCGAGAUCGAAGGGCAAAAUUUCUUCAACACGCGCUGGAUUACCAUGACUCAAGGCUGCGGCGGUAUUCCGGAGAUUUCUAUGGAGGAAUUCCGGCGUUUCAAUUGGAUCGAGCAAAAGCGGAGAUGAGCUAUCGAGCAACUUUGUGGCACAUCCCUGCACCAGGAGUUGUAAAUAUCGAUGAAGAUAUUAUUCUCGAUACGGUGAACUACGUGCGGAAGGCUGGCGGUAGUCGAGAUUUAAACACGUUAGAGCCAACCAGCAGCACCAAGCUCUGCCACUGUCAACUAUGUCUGGAUUCUGAGACAAAGAGUUGGGUGCAUGACAUUAAAUCUAAAGUCACUCGUCCGUCCAACUACAACGAUCUCCUCCUUCCACCUAGGCUUUUUGGAUUCGCCCUGAACCGGAAGGAAUGGGGUCAGUUCUUCCUGAAUGACAUCGAACGGACUGAGCCUGCUGAGAUGGGGGAGUUUGAAGGCGAGAUGAAGGGCCUUAUACUACCGGACGAAGUCAGCAAGGAUGAGCAACGGCAUAUCUUCACGAUGGUGAGCAACCACUGGCAUGUGAUGGCGAAACCACGCAGUCAGCGGAUUGCGGACAUGAUCGGGGGGAAAGGAGAGAGCCUAAUUCUCUUAUUUCACGGUCAUAGCGGGACGGGAAAGACUCUCUAUGCGGAGUCGUUAGCGAAAUCGUCUAGUCGACCCCUGUUCAAGGUCGGCACGAGUGAUAUAGGGCUUAAUGCUCCACAGGCGGAACGAACCCUCAAGAAUAUUUUCGGGCUUGCUGAGGCAUGGAAGGCUGUGCUUCUCAUAGAUGAAGCCGAUGUCCUUCUCGACGCUCGAGGAAACGCCAACGAGAGCUUGGUUACCAAGAACGCCCUUGUCUCAGUCCUUCUUCGAGAAGUCGAGUACUUCAAAGGAGUGCUCAUAAUGACCACCAACCGUGUCGUCGCCUUUGACCCCGCCAUCCUCUCGCGGAUCCAUCACGCCGUGAACUUCGGAGAACCAAACUCCGACCAGGAGUAUAAAAUAUGGAAAUUAUGGAUCGAACGUCUGGACGAGCAGGGGUUGUGCGACGAUUCCAACGAUCUACACAAGUGGGCGAAGGAGACCAAAAAAGCAUCUCGACGACAUAUCCUGAGCGGCCGAGAAAUUCGCAAUGUCUUCAUCAUGGCGCAGAUGCUAGCCGAGAGGCCUAAUAGGGAUCUUAAGAUUAACAGAACGCAUCUCACGGCUGCGUAUGAUUAUAAGAUGAAUUUUCGGAUCGACACGGAGCAUCUGCGGACCCAGGCUAACCAGCUUCUUGCAAAUCAGAAGAAGUAG